AGAAGGAAGUCCACAGGGACGGACAUACACACUCACUAGGUGUUAGUAGGCAAAGGAACCUGUGAGCAGAGGGAGCGAUCCACAACCUGAAGACAUGGCCGCCGUCUCUGUCCCAACCAGUGACGCCACGCUGGAGAAGAAUCUAACCUGCUCCAUCUGCAUGGACAUAUUUACCGACCCGGUCACGACGCCUUGUGGUCACUCUUUCUGCAGGAAGUGCCUAGAGCUCAGCAUCUCCCCAUAUCAGGUGAACGACAUGUGUCCGCUUUGCAAGAAACAUCUCAGCAAACCUCCGGACGUUAACAUUGUGCUAAGAGACAUCGCCUCACAGAUGAAAAACACGAUUAGCAACAGGAGUUCUGGGACGCCGGGGGAGGUUACCUGCGACGUCUGCAGGGAGCCGAAGCAGAAGGCGGCCAAGUCCUGCCUUGUGUGUCUCGCCUCGUAUUGCCCAGACCACUUGGAGAACCAUUCGACUCCAAGGCUGAGAGGCCACAAGCUGGUGGAACCAGUGGAGAACUUGGAUGAAAGGGCCUGCCUAGUCCACGGACGCCCGCUUGAGCUGUACAGCAGGAAUCAGCAGAAGAGCAUCUGUGUUCGAUGUAUGGAAGGAGGUCAGGAUGAAGUUGUCUCCACAGAAGAGGAAUGGCUCAAGAAGAAGACUGAACUUGAGAACAACAAGAAAGACUUAGAAGACAGAAUUGAAAUAAGAAAGAUGAAGAUGGAUGAGAUAAAAGAAGCUCUAAAGGAUUGCAAGGACCUGAUUGAAAACGAGUGGUGGGAUAUCGAAGCGGUUUUCACAGCGCUGAUUGCCAUUGUAGAGACAGCCCAGAAGAAAGCUCUCAAGCCACUAAAGAACAGAAGGGAGGUGAUGGAAAAAGAAGCAAAAGACCUGAACGAUAAGCUGGGAGACGAAAUCAACAAAAUUGAGAAAACGAUCUCAGAACUAGAUGACGUCUCAUCACUUGAAGAUCAUAUACUUUUCUUACAGAGAUACCCGUCUCUGUCAGAUCAGGAUGACAUGACUGACUGGACGGAUGUUAAACUUGACACCACCCUGUCUUUUGGCUCCAUGAGAGAAACUACAACAACAAUGGUCAAAAAAAUUCAGCAGGAGCUGGAGAAGCUGGAUGCUAUUGAAAUCAAAAGACUUCCAACAUUUUCAGUGAACGUAAAGCUGGACCCAGAGACCGCACACCAAUGCCUCGUACUUUCACCUGAUGGAAAGGAAGUACGAGAUGGAGGAGAAAACCAGGACGUUGCUGAUUCAUCAAAGAGAUUUGACGUGUUGGGUAGCGUGCUGGGACUGAACAGCUUGACUUCUGAGAAGGCUUACUGGGAGGUGGAGGUCAACAACAAGACCGGAUGGGAUCUAGGCGUAACCAGAGGCAGCGCCGACCGUAAAGGGAAACUGACGCUGAGCCCAGAUAAUGGUUACUGGGUUCUGGUACAUUAUGAAGCGGAGAACUACGCCGCCAUGACAGCACCACCCACCCGUGUUUCCCUUGAAGGGAAACCCGAUAAGGUCGGGGUGUUUGUGGACUACGAGGAAGGUUUGGUCUCUUUUUACGAUAUAACAGCGAAGUCUCACAUUUACUCGUUCACAGAGUGUCCGUUCAAAGACGAGCUCCACCCGUAUUUCAGCCCACAUGUGAAACAGGAAGACAUGAACUCUGAGGCUCUGGUUAUUUCUACUGGAAAUUACUUUGAGAAAAUCCCUAAUGUCAAUAUUCUGCUGAAAGAUGUAGCUCAAAAGAUGAAGAGCACAAAAAGCGUUGAGUAUUCCACGGUUGGGGAAGUUGCUUGUGAUAUCUGCACCGAACCAAAGCUGAAGGCUGAGAAGUCCUGCCUGGUGUGUCUCACCUCAUAUUGUGCGCCCCACUUGGAGAAUCAUUAUUCAGCUAAAAGAUUGAAGGGCCACAAGCUGGUGGAACCAGUGAAGAAUUUAGAUGCAAGGGCCUGCCUGACUCAUGGACACUCGCUUGAGCUGUACAGCAGGAAGCAGCAGAAGUGCAUCUGUGUUCGAUGUAUUGAAGGAGGUCAAGAGGAAGUUGUUUCGACAGAAGAGGAAUGCCAAAAGAAGAAGGCUGAACUUGAGUGGACCAAGACGACAUUACAACAAAGAGUUAUGAUGAGAAAAACAAAGAUGGUGGAGAUCAACAAGGCUCUGAAGAGUUGCAAGGAGCAGCUUGAGUGGUGGGACAUUGAGGCAGUGUUCACUGCUGUGAUUGCCAUCGUGGAGGCAGCCAAUGCAAAAGUAGUGAAACCGCUACAAGACAGGAGGCAUGCGCUAGAAAAAGAAGCAAAAGAGCUGAAAGACGAAUUGGAAGCUGAAAUCAACACACUUGAGACGACAAUCGCUGAACUGGACAACAUAUCUGCACUUGAGGAUCACAUCCAUUUCCUACAGAGGUAUCCAUCAAUUUCCAUCCAGGAUGAUAUGAAAAACUGGACUGAUGUAAAACUUGACACUUCACUGGCAUUUGGUUCCGUGAGAGGAACCACAACAACUAUGAUUAAAGAUAUUCAGCAAGAGCUGGAGAAGCUGGUCACCACUGAACUGAAGAGAAUCCAAAAGUUCACAGUGGACAUAAAGCUGGACCCAAAGACCGCACACCGACGUCUCGUACUUUCACCUGAUGGAAAGGAAGUACGAGAUGGAGGAGAAAACCAGGAAGUUACUGAUUCACCGAAGAGAUUCGACGUGUUUGGUAGCGUCCUGGGACUCAACAGCUUGACUUCUGAGAAGGCUUACUGGGAGGUGGAGGUCAACAACAAGACCGGAUGGGAUCUAGGCGUAACCAGAGGCAGCGCCGACCGUAAAGGGAAACUGACGCUGAGCCCAGAUAAGGGUUACUGGGUUCUGGUACAUUAUGAAGCGGAGAACUACGCCGCCAUGACAGUACCACCCACCUGUCUUUUCCUCGAAGGAAAACCCAAUAAGGUGGGGGUGUUUGUGGACUACAAGGAAGGUUUGGUCUCUUUUUAUGAUGCGACAACUCGGUCCCAUAUUUACUCUUUCACUGAGUGUUCAUUCAGAGAUGAGAUCUACCCUUAUUUCAGCCCUCACAAUAAACAGGGUGAGAUGAACUCUGAAGCUUUGAUUAUUUCUACCGGUCAACAUUCAGAAAUGGAUAAUGGACUCAAUUCUUAGUUCAGCUUCAACUUCUUCAUUUCACAACUUCCUGUCACAUCACAUUAACUCAGGCCAAGUCUGAAUUAUCAAUAUGGGCAUUUUUAACAAAGGUAAGACCUGAAUGCAACAAUGUAUGACCUUUCACUUCAACGCAAGUACUUUUCCCUCAUUUACUGGUAGAAAUGUAAAAUUGAAGUAAAGAACAAAAAUUUAAUUUAUAAUGCUAAUUUCUUAAUUUCCCCCAUAACUUUUCAUUAAUCACUGUUUGCAGUGUACUCAGUCAAUAAUGGGUGGACAUAAUGUUGUAGAAAAAUAAUGCAGAAA